AUGAACCCCCAGAUCAAUCAGGCGUGGGAUGAAUGCCUGGAGGCCCCUCCCCCUGUGGAAGUGGCUGAGUCCUGGGUCUCGGAGCAGGUACACGGGAAGCAGGUUCCAUUAGGACCGCCAGAGUUCAAGGUCACGCAGCCCUUGAAAGAGCUCUGGCUGCUGGUGGAUGAAACACCGCCCUGCCCCAGACCCGACGGUCGCCCAUCUUUUCUUAAAUCAGAGCACCACCACCUGAUUGCUUCCUGGCUCUGGAGAAGGCUACGUGGGAAAAGACUACCCAUCACUGGUUUUUGCUUCUUCCUGGCCCUGUCCAUGGCCACCCUCACCGGCUUCUCCCCAGGCCUCCCAGCCUACCACCCUGGUAGACCUGCUGAGUCUCCUCACUGGGCCAGCCAACCACUCAGGGCCGUGGAGGCCAUUCCUCCAGGCAGCCCACGGGCUCUGAGCUCCAAUCAGGGCCAAAAGAUGGCCCAGGUGGGAGCCUGGGAAGGAUGGGCCUCCCUGAAGAACUCCAGCUUAGCCUGCAAGGACAAUCGUGGCUCCAGAGGCAGAGUAGGCCAUGGCCGGCCCCAUCCUGGAAAGUCCAGCAGAUACCAGGGCCGGGCCAAGAGGGACACUGCCGCUGCCACUGUCACCACCACUCUGAGAGACUCCAGUGCCCCAAGUCACCUGGGCAUGACCAGAAACAUUAUUCUCAGGAGGAAGGAUGCCAGGGGCCAGAAAGCCAAGGGCCCUUUGGCUUUGAAACAUGACUGGCAUGAUGACCACCUCCCAGGGUCGCCAGUCAAGGUCUCCCCUGGUGCCCACAUGGAAGGACCUGCCCUCCCUUCCUUCCUUGAGGACUUCAGAGCUGGUCAGGGUCAGCCCACCCUGCAGAAUCCAGAUGUUCAGGCUGUUGGGGCUGGGAAGGAGGCCUGGGGUCCAGGGGACCAGGGCCAGAUACCUAGCUUGUGGCCAGGCUCUGCUGAAGAGUUUCAGGGCUCCAUCUGGUGCGAUGCUGAGGCAACUGGGGGCCACUCGGAGCUGGGUGAAAUCCCACCGUGGUUUACAGCAGACGAUGUGUGGAAAAUGAGGCUGCUAGCCCAUGGAGAGGUGACUGGCAGAGCAAGGGUCCCUGGGCACGGGCAGGUCCUCCGAGUUGGCCUCUCUAUGGAGGGCAUCCAGAAUGCCCUUCCCCCAGACCUCGGCCAGCUGUGCUCUGAAGGGCUUUGUGGGUUGAUCAAACGGCCCGAGGACCUCUAUGAAGUCCUUGCCUUCCACCUGGACCGGGUACUGGGCUUGUACCGCAGCUUGCCCGUGGUAGCACGACAUUUUCACAGCCCCCUGCUGCCCUACCGCUUCACAAGGGGAGAGCCCCGUCCUGUGGUCUGGUGGGCCCCGGACAUCUGGCACCUGAACGACAGUGACCAUGAUCAGAAUUCCUUUGCCCUGGGAUGGCUGCAGUACCAGGCCCUGCUCCAGCUCCGGUGUGGCGUGGCCGGCUCUGGGGCUCCACUGGGGGAGGCCCCCUGCCUGGGCAUCCGCCAUACCGAGUGGGCCCGGCUGGCCCUCUUUGACUUCCUCCUACAGGUCCAUGACCGCUUAGAUCGCUAUUGUUGUGGCUUUCAACCUGAGCCCUCGGACCCAUGCCUAGAAGAAAGACUCCGAGAGAAAUGCCGAAAUCCAGGCGAGCUGCUACUCGUCCACAUCCUGGUCCGGGAGAGUGACCCGUCUCGCCUGGUGUACAUCGACAAUGCUGGCAAACCUUGGCACCCAGAAACCAAACUGAACUUCAGGCUUCUCGAGGGCGUAGACGGAUUUCCCGAAUCGGUGGUGAGGAUUAUUGCUUCUGGAUGCUUAGAGAAUAUGCUGCUGAAGUCACUGCGGAUGGACCCAGAGUUCUGGGAGAGCCAAGGUGGGCACCAGGGCCUAAAGCCUUUGCUUCACACCAUCAAGAGGAGAGGACAGAUCCUGCUAGAAUACAUCCGGGGGCGCAACUUAACCCUCUUCAGGGAGGGGACCCAAGGAGGGGACCAGGUGCUACUUACCUGA